AUGAGUGAGAGUGUCAAGAGCUGGCUCUUUUCGCACUGUGCCUCUCAGGCGAUCGAGGCGCUCGAGGGUGGGUUCGACCUUGCGGACCUUCCUUACGUUCGGGGCAAUCGGGUGCAGCUGUUGCGGUUCCUAACGUUCCGGACAUCGCAGGCAAGCACCGACAUCUGGGCGCUCGUGGGGGACCGAACGCACUGUAUCGCAGCACGCUUCUCGCGGACCCAGGUAGACCGGUUCCAGCACGACCGGCCGAUCAGCUUUACGGCGCUCAAGGGCGCAUUGGUCACCAUGACCAAUGUCAAGAUCACGGUGGCAAGGGUUCAGAUGCAUACGACAGGGGGUCCGUAUCGACCCGGACAGUAUGCGAUGGUUCUGGAUGUGAAGGGGUUCGAGGUGGUGUCGAGUAUGGGAGAACCGGUCUGGUUUGGUGGGGUCAAGCUCGUGACGAGUCCAAAUGCGGUUCCUGAGGGGGAGAAGGAGAGGGCGGAAAGGAUGGUACAGUGGAUGAAAAAGUGGAUCAGAUACAAGUGCUUACUCCGCCGCGCUAGGGCAGAUCAACGACGGAAGAACCAACACGCAUCAAGUGGGAAAGAGCAUGGAUCGAGUUUGCCCACUCCAGCGCAAAGAGCGGUGAUGCAGUGCUCGCAAGUUCACAAUGUCACCCCCGUGCUCACGGCGUCGUUGGGCAAGGACUCGCAGACGACGAAUGGAACGCCAGAUGCGCUGUGGGGCGACUACGAUCUAGAUGCCGAUGUGGCCGAGGUUGAUGUGCCAAACACCUGGACGGAAGCGACGUCACAGCAGCAAGCAGCCGCAAAGCAGACGCCGCAAACACAGCAAACACAGCAUACACACACGCAGAGCGGAUCGGAUCCCGACGAGUCCGGUCUGUCCGACUACGAGCGUCAACGUCGACGUAGAAAGCGGAAAGCACGCCCCAACAGCGCUGCUGCAACCCCGGCUGCUGCUGCAGUCAAGACAGAAGAGCCGGCGAGCACCGAUGCGCGCGCACUCAGCGCCACACCAUCAACCACCGCACGCCGAAAACGCAAACGCCCCUCGGCAAUAGCUGCCCUGUAA